AUGGUGCUGGUACCAAAGCCUCCACAGCCAAUCACAUCGUACCAACAAGCGCUCCAGUCUAAUCUUCAGAACCGGUUUCUGUGUGUACAGGAAGGACUGGCAGAUAUGGAGGAAAAAAAACUUCUGGAUGAUAUCUAUACAGAGCUCCACAUCACAGAUGGAGGCAACAUGCAAAUUAACAGGCAACACGAGGUCAGGCAGAUUGAGACGGCAUCGAGAAGGCCAGCUGGAGCAAAGAUAUCGGUCAAACCCAGUGAUAUCUUCAAACACCCCUCUGGAAAAUACAGACCCGUCAGGACAGUGCUGACCAAUGGGAUUGCAGGAAUCGGGAAAACAUUUCUUGUGCACAAGUUCAUCCUCGACUGGGCUGAAGGAAGAACCAAUCACGAUGUGCAUCUCAUAUUCCCAUUCAGCUUCCGCCAGCUGAAUUUACUGAAGGGAAAAAGGGUUUGCCUCGCCAAACUCAUUCACAAAUGUAUCAGGGAAACCAAAGACAUCAAAGAGGAGGCUCUUAAUUAUAUCUUCACAGUGUUACAGAUGUCAGGAAACACCAACUAUGACAAGAGUAAAUUUAAACUUCUGUUUGUGUUGGAUGGACUAGAUGAGAACCGUCUUCAACUAGACUUCACCGCCAAAGAAGAAAAGACUAUUGAUGUGACAAAGUCAACUAAGGUGGAAGAACUACUGAUGAACCUCAUUAUGGGUACUCUGCUUCCCUCUUCUCGUCUUUGGAUAACAACACGACCUGCAGCAGCCAAUCAGAUCUCUCCGGAGUUUGUCGAUAUGGUGUCAGAGGUGAGAGGGUUCACUGACCCACAGAAGGAGGAGUAUUUCUCCAAGAGAUUCAGUCACAACGAGCACGCCAGCAACAUCAUCUCCCACAUCAGGGCGUCGCGAAGCCUCCACAUCAUGUGCUACAUCCCAGUCUUCUGUUGGAUCACCGCUACAGUGCUGGAGGACAUGCUAAGAGCCAAUGAGAGAGUGGAGCUGCCCAAGACUCUGACUGAGAUGUACACAGAAUUCCUGGCUUUUCAGAUGAGACAGACGAAAGAGAAGUAUGGCACAAAAAAGACCAUUUGGUACAUUCAGUCACUUGCAAAACUGGCUUUCUACCAGCUGGAGAAAGGAAACAUAAUCUUCUAUGAGGAAGACCUAAAAGAUAGUGGAAUUGAUCUCAACGAAGCCUCUGUGUACUCUGGGGUUUUCACACAGAUCUUUAAAAAGGAGCGCUGGAGGAAGAAGGACAAGGAUAAGGGCCGAAUGUUCAGUUUUGUCCAUCUGAGCAUUCAGGAAUUUCUGGCUGCUUUUUAUGUGGAGGCGUCACUCAUUAACAGCAGCAAGAACGUGCUGGAUGAAUCCCAACCACACUCUAAAAGUCUGGGGAUGCUUUUCCGCAAAACAUCUGCAGCAGAGGUCCAUAGGAUCGCCAUUGACAAGGCUUUAGAGAGUCCAGAGGGACACUUGGACUUAUUCCUCCGUUUCCUGUUGGGCCUCUCAUUGCAGACCAAUAAAGAUUGUCUGGCAGACCUACUUAAACAGAAAAGAGCGAGCUCACACAGCAACCAGGAAACAAUCCAGUACAUCAAGAAGAAGAUCAAGGAGAGUCCGUCUCCAGAGAGAAGCAUCAACUUGUUUCACUGUCUGAAUGAGCUGAAUGAUCAUUCUCUAGAGGAGGAGAUACAGGAGUACUUGAAUUCAGGAAGCAUCCCUAGAAAAUAUCUCUCUCCUGCUCAGUGGUCGGCUCUGGUCUUCAUCUUACUGUCAUCAGAAAAAAAGCAUGAGGUGUUUGACCUGAAGAAGUACUGUAGCUCAGAAAACGGUUUUCUGAGGCUGCUGCCGGUGUUUCAAGCCUCCAUUACAUACCUGCUGAGUGGAUGUGCUCUGUCAGAGACAAGCUGUAGAGCUCUGGCUUCAGUUCUCACCUCUGAACAGUCUAAUCUGAAAGAGCUGGACCUGAGCAGCAACGAAAUUGAUGAUUUAGGAGUGACAGUACUCUCUUUUGGACUGGAGCAUCCACACUGUAGACUGGAAUCUGUCAGGUUGAGUCACUGUAACCUCUCAGAGAGGAUCUGUGAAGCUCUGGCCUCAGUUCUCAGCUCCAGGUCCUCCAGUCUGCGAGAGCUGGACCUGAGUGACAACAAUUUGCAGGAUUCAGGAGUGAAGCGACUCUCUGCUGGACUUGAGAGUCUGCACUGUACGCUAGAAUCUCUCAGGUUGAAUUUGUGCAAGCUGUCAUGGAUGAGCUGUGAAGCACUAGCCUCAGUUCUCAGCUCACAGUCAUCUUGUCUGAAACAGCUGGACCUGAGUAACAAUGACCUGCAGGAUUCAGGAGUAAAGCUCCUCUCUGUUGGACUGGAGAGUCCACAAUGUGGACUGGAAACCCUCAGCUUGUCAGGGUGUCUGGUCACGGAGGAAGGCUGUGCUUCUCUGGCCUCAGCACUGAGCUCCAACCCCUCUCAUCUGAGAGAGCUGGACCUGAGCUACAAUCACCCAGGACACUCGGGAGUGAGGCUCCUGUCUGCUGGACUGCAGGAUCCACAGUGGAGACUGGACACUUUCAGGGUCGAGCCUGGUGGAGUUCGCUGGUUGAAAUCUGGUCUGAAGAAGUAUGCCUGUGAACUCACACUGGAUCCAAACACAGCAGACAGAGACCUCGUCCUGUUAGAUGACAACAGAAAAGUGACUCGGGGGAGAGAGGAGCAGCCGUAUCCAGACCACCCUGAGAGGUUUGCUGGCUGGUUUCAGCUGCUGUGCACACAGGGUCUAACCGGUCGCUGUUACUGGGAGGUGGAGUGGCAAGGGAGUGUUAGUGUUGCAGUGACUUACAGAGGAAUCAGCAGGAGUGGAGAAGAUGUCGACUGCUGUCUUGGAUGGAAUGAUAAGUCCUGGUGUCUGGAGGUCACUGAUGAUGGGUACUAUAUUCGGCAUAAUAAAGCUUUAACAGACGUAAUGCUCCACCCCCUUGACACAACCAGAGUAGCUGUGUAUCUGGACUGGUCUGCUGGCACUCUGUCUUUCUACAGAGUAUCCGAUGAUACACUGGCACACCUCCAUACCUUCUACUCCACGUUCAGCGAACCCCUCUAUCCUGGCUUCUGGAUUGGGUUAAACUGCUCAGUGACUCUUUGUCAGGUGGAAGAGCUGUCACCUGCUGCUGACUAAAGACUUAAAUCCACUUAUUUACAUUGUUGCCUAGAGUUAGAUGCGAAUAUCGACACCACUCCAAAUUGUCUGAUGAACUAAAAGACGCAUGUUCGAAUAAAUGCACAAAUAAAAAGUGACAGGCUUAUAGCAUGCUAACAGUUUUUUCCUUAUUGGCAUUAAACACAAAGUACAUACAUUAGUUUUAAUUGGUAAUCAGUACAGAGUCUCCUGACAUACUGACUCACCUCCACAUUCACUGUUGAGGCUGGCGGAUGGCCUGGAUCCAAGGAAGGGGUUCAGAUAUGGGCUCUGUCCAAAGGUAACAUAGUCCACCUAAUCCACCUGAAAGUAAAAAGUAACAUUAUUAUGUAACAUUAGAUUUUUACCUAAUUUCACUGUAUGUGAAAUGUUUAGUAUACUCAACUUUUUAUGCUGUGCAAAUGCCAUGCAAUUUUUUCUAGUGUGCUCAAUUAUAUAUAUAUAUUUUUAAUACUUGUUUUUGGUGUUUGAUUUCAUAGUUUAAUUUCUUUGUGUUUAUGUUUUUUUCAUUUUAAUUUUGGGGCUUUUGUGAAGUACUUUGUAAACACUUAGAUAUUUGUGCUAUUAAAUUAAAUUAAUUUGAAUUUCUGAUGUUUGAUGAAGAAAGUAAAGGUACUGAGUAAUCAGAUAUGCCAACCACUUAAUGUUCAGGUCAUAACGUAGUGUUGGGGUAAUUAUACCACCUACAAAGCUGUCAUGGUAAAGGGAAGUUUUAAUUCAAACAUGUUCUGAGACUCUCUCUCUCAACUUAAUGACACAUGAGCAGUUCACUGGUAUCUUGUAUGGGUCCUGGGUGCUGGUGCAGUGUGGGAGCUGUAGUGCGUAAAGUGUGUAGAGUUUUCCAGCGUUUGACUCUGCAGUGUAACUGUGGGACAGUCAGAGGAUGUCACAUGCUCUCCACCACUAGAUGGCGCUGUGGCACAAAGAUCUGAAAGGAGCAGUUGAACUUGUGAAGUUCCUGUGAUUUUUUUUUUGAAUGGAAGUAAUUUUUAAAGUAUUAAAAUCUUUAUUAAUAUUUGAGUUGAAACUGU